AUGGCCUCUGACGGCGAUGAGUACUCGAUGCCAGCGGCCUUUGGUGCCGGGAUUAAAAGAAAGCGCGUCCCGUUCGUCCCAUCUAGAGACACGGCCACUCUAUCAACGACCUCCGCUCCCGCAACAGUAUCCUCGUCGCCCGCUCCAGGUGCUUCAUCUAUAGCUGAAAAAUAUCUCUCUAUAGUGCUUCCAUCAAGUAGUCGGUCAGAUAUUGGCUCGACUACCAAUCACUCCACAGACACAGAGCUAUGUGAGAUCUGCCGCCUCCCUCUUAAAGACAUUCCCAAGCGGCGGAAGCCCGUGAACGAAGAAGAGCCCGAGAUUUCGGUCAGCGAACUACCCGAAUAUACACCGCAUGAAGCUUCUCUGGCGCAUCAAGUGUGCCUGCCGCACUCUCACCCGCCUUCUGCCAUAGAUAGGACUGGAACAGGCUUCAGGUACCUCUCCUCGUAUGGAUGGGAUCCUGAUUCUCGCACAGGUCUUGGACCAACUGGAUCAGGUAUACAAAUUCCACUUAAGCCCAAGAUAAAAAACGAUACGGUUGGGCUAGGAGUGGGAUCGUGGAGGGAUGAAGUAGAGAACGAUGGAGGGAAACGACAGAAACGGCGCCUUAAACUACUACAGGAAAAGGAGGAGGCUGAUAAGGUAAAGAAUGCACGGAAACUCAACGCAAAGCAAGUUCGGCUGCAAGAGGAAGAGAAGAAGAAACGUGGGGAGAAAUUACGGGACGCAUUUUACCGGAUUGAGGAUAUGGAGAAAUAUCUAGGGAGGUGA